AUGGAAUCAUCUACGCUAACAGAAGUUCCUCUUGAAAUUACCCGAGCACCUCUGCAUCAUCACUUGGACGCCGAAAAGGCGGAGCUGCAAACGGAUACAGACCAUGGCAUCCUUUCAAAGCUGACUCCAACGCAGAAAAUCAUUGUGGAGUGUUUGGCGGAGAGAUGCCCCUUCGUAUCGAUCUCCAAAAGUCUUCUUGACAGUGACUUGAAACAAAUUCUGCAAAACGGCGGCCUAGACAGCCCGGGCAUGCUGAUUUUCAAGGCAAACUUGGAGGCAAGGCUAUCUUUGAAAUCUUCAAUACCGAUCACAUCUCUCCUCCGUGCGCAAACUAUACGGGAGUUGGAAACCGAGAUCAUGAAAGUAUCAAUAGCAAGCAACCGCGAUCUAUUGCUUCCGUUUACCACCAAAGGAAGCCAAGUACCGCUGUUUCUUUUCCCGCCUGGGGGAGGGGAGCUACACUGCUGGAUAGAGCUGGUUCGCCACUUUGACGACCGGCCUCUUUACGGCCUCAGAUUGCGCGGUCUGCAACCCGGCGAGUCGGCGUUUGAGAGCAUGGAUGAGAUGGUAAGAUGCUUCUUGGAAGAAAUACGACAGGUGCAGCCGCGAGGGCCCUACGCGCUGCUGGGCAUGUGCUUUGGGGGAAACAUCGCGUUCGAAGUGGCCAAGGCGUUGGAAGCCGCAGGAGAGGUCGUGGCUUUUGCUGGCGGCAUCGACAAUGCGCCGAACAUUUUACAAAUGAGCUUUGCCACGCUGCGCUUCUUCAUUGUCGAUCUACUAUCGACAAGACGACUGAUCACGCCUUCGGAAGCAAGUCUGCUGAAGAAGGAGAUGCGCGAUCAAGAUCCUGCCUUGUUUCCGCGUCUGGUGAUGCGCCGGUUCCGCACUCGCCUCCAGUCUGCCGGUGUCACUCUCGAGAGACUUGAAUCCUGGCACCGGGUCUUUUGCGGCACCGUUAAUAUGGCUGAGGGAUAUGCCCCGCAGGGCAAGAUCAACACUUACAGAUCCUUCUGGGCCGACCCCCUAGAGGAAUGGGGCGUUUCCAAGAAAGAGUGGGAGACACGCGUUAGAGAAUGGGGGGCUUUCGCUGAUUCAUCUUCAUUCAAUUUCAUCGGGGGUAAUCACUACACAGCCCUGACGAAGGAUCACGUCGAAGAAUUCAAGGCGGUGUUGGACUGUCAAUUACAGCUCUGUGGAGUGUAG